AUGAGAAGCGGGUCGCUGAGUGGCGAUGCGGCGGAUCGCGCUGGAGGCAGCGAAGGAGGCGCUGCGGCAGCGGCAGGUCUGGGAGGACGCGCAGGCGCUGGCGAAGAAGUUGAAGGCCACGCAGGAGGAGGAGCAGGCGGCCGAGGAAGCCAAGGAAAGGGCCCGGUGGGAGGCGGAGGAGCACCACCGGACGUGUGUGCUGAAGAGGUUUCGCCGAAUUGCGAGAGAAGGAGCGGCAGAGAGCAACACCAGUGGCAGGGACCACAAGGCGCGGUGAUCGGGCCGUAUGACGCAGGAGGUGCGUACGGCGGUGCGUGGAGGAAUGGUGUGGCACCACCAAAUCCUCCACAUCACCUGGGCAUCGGGGCCGGCACCGAGGGAGCCGGAGGCUCCGGAAGAAGCGCGGAGGAGACGCCCCGACGGAGCAAUGGCCGCGACCCAAGGGGCGAUCGGCGGCAGCGGAACCGGCAGCGGCGAGCGCGGCGGCAGAGUCGGCGGCGGCAGCGGACCACAGGGACCAGCCGAGCGGCGGCAGCGGAGCCCACAGCGGAACCAGCAACGGCGAGCGCGGUGGCGGCAGCGGAGCCAGCAACGGCGAGCGCGGCGGCAGAGUCGUUGGCGGCAGCGGAGCCAGCAACGGCGAGCGCGGCGGCAGCGGGCCAGCGACGGCGAGGCGGCGGCAGCGGAACCAGCAGCGGAACCAGCAACGCCGGGCGCGGCGGCAGAGGCGGUGGCGGCGGCGGCAGCGGGCCCACAGCGGAACCAGCAAAGGCGAAGGCGGCGGCAGAGUCGGCGGCGGCAGCGGAGCCAGACGGCGAGCGCAGCGGCAGAGUCGCCGGCGGCAGCGGAGCCAGCGACGGCGAGCGCGGCGACGACGGCAGGCGGGAGUAA